AACAACACUUAAACUAAAAACACGACACGUGUACCGAUCACCCACUAUAAAAAUAAAAAAAUAUCCCAAACCCUCAACACUCCCAACACGACGUCGUUCCAUCCAUCUUCCCACCUGCAAAUCCUCCAUUAACCCUCCAAAUUUCCUUCAGUUUUCGAUCUCAACAUGGUGUCGGAUGCGAGCAAGAAGAAGGCUCUGCAGAAAAAGGCGGCUGCAGCCGCCAAACGAGGCGGUAAGGCGGCGGCCGCUGCGACGUCGGCUAAAGCGGCGGCGGUUGGUACGAUGAAUGGUAGUUCUAGUUCGGAUAAUUUGUCGAAUGGGAUGGGGAAUCUUACGAUAUCGGAUCGUACGUGUACUGGUGUUCUUUGUUCUCAUCCGUUAUCUAGAGAUAUUCGGAUAGAAUCCCUGUCACUUACUUUCCACGGGCAUGAUCUUCUUGUUGAUACAGAGCUCGAGCUUAAUUACGGGAGACGUUACGGUUUGCUUGGGUUAAACGGCUGUGGGAAAUCAACUCUUCUUACUUCAAUCGGAAUGCGAGAACUCCCGAUCCCCGAACACAUGGACAUAUUCCAUCUCACCCGAGAGAUCGAAGCUUCUGACAUGUCAUCACUCGAGGCCGUGAUGAAUUGUGACGAAGAAAGGCUGAAAUUGGAAGCCGAAGCCGAACGCUUAGUUGGACAGGAUGAUGGUGGCGGUGAAGCACUUGAACGCGUCUACGAACGUUUGGAUGCUAUGGAUGCAUCCACAGCAGAAAAACGUGCAGCCGAGAUUUUGAACGGUUUAGGUUUCAACAAAAUGAUGCAAGCAAAGAAAACUCGCGAUUUUUCUGGUGGUUGGAGGAUGAGAAUUGCUUUGGCCCGUGCGUUGUUUAUGAACCCAACCAUUUUGCUGCUAGAUGAACCCACAAAUCAUCUUGAUCUUGAAGCGUGUGUGUGGCUGGAAGAAACUUUAAAGAAGUUUGAACGGAUUCUUGUUGUCGUCUCGCACUCUCAAGAUUUCUUAAACGGUGUAUGCACAAACAUAAUACACAUGCAAAGUAAGAAACUGAAGAUGUAUACCGGUAACUUCGACCAAUAUGUUCAAACCCGUUCGGAACUCGAAGAGAAUCAGAUGAAACAGUACAAAUGGGAGCAGGACCAGAUCGCUAACAUGAAGGAAUACAUAGCACGGUUCGGACACGGGUCCGCUAAGCUCGCUAGACAGGCUCAGAGCAAGGAGAAAACCCUAGCGAAAAUGGAACGUGGUGGGUUAACCGAAAAGGUUGCGCGCGACAAGGUUCUCGUUUUCCGGUUUGUGGACGUGGGCAAGCUUCCGCCGCCUGUGCUUCAGUUCGUAGAGGUUACGUUCGGUUACACACCCGAUAACCUUAUAUACAAGAAUCUUGACUUUGGUGUUGAUCUCGAUUCGCGUGUGGCGUUGGUCGGGCCUAACGGAGCGGGUAAGAGUACGCUUUUGAAGCUGAUGACGGGGGAGUUGGUUCCUCUUGACGGAAUGGUGAGGCGGCACAACCACUUGCGGAUCGCGCAAUACCACCAACACUUGGCGGAAAAGCUCGAUCUCGAAAUGUCGGCUUUGGCGUACAUGAUGAAAGAGUACCCGGGAAACGAAGAGGAAAAGAUGCGGGCCGCGAUCGGGAGAUUCGGAUUAACCGGGAAAGCCCAAGUGAUGCCGAUGAAGAACUUAUCCGACGGUCAAAAGAGCCGAGUGAUCUUCGCAUGGUUGGCUUAUCGACAACCGCAGAUGCUGCUUUUGGAUGAGCCGACUAACCACUUGGAUAUCGAGACGAUUGAUUCAUUAGCCGAGGCGUUAAACGAAUGGGACGGUGGAAUGGUGCUCGUUAGCCACGACUUCCGGCUCAUUAACCAGGUGGCGAACGAGAUAUGGGUAUGUGAAAAUCAAACCAUAACGCGGUGGGAAGGUGACAUCAUGGGGUUCAAAGAACAUUUAAGGAAUAAGGCUGGUCUUUAGAUCAGUAAGCCGGUUGCGGUCAUAGAUCCACAUGGUACCAAGCUCAAGGGCCCGUACUCCGUAGGUCGGUUCUUACGGCAACUUGGGUUGGGACCGGCGUGUCGAGUGGCUAACGGUUUGUAGAGGACGUGGUUCAUGCUGGUGUGGAACUAUGAUUAUAAAAAUUCACAGGUUGAACCUUAGGAAGUUUUAUCAUCCUCUUAUAUUAAUCUUUACUUGUUUUUCUUGCAUAAUAUUCUGAAUUUGGAUUUACCAACAAAAACAUAUGCAUUACCUAUGAUUUGCUAAAAUUUAUCUAAAGUGUAAUGACCUAUGACCUAAUAUGUUUUCUCGUAUCGGUUAUUUUCGUCACCA